AUGCAUGGAUUUAAAUGGUGCCUUUUCAACCUUCAAAUUUGGAUCUACUUUACUGAUCUACUAGCUUCAGUCCUAAUCGCUCCAAGGUUUUAUUUCUGCAUGAUCGGCGGAAGAGCACAUGGAUAUCUUUUCAAAUUAGGAAUGACUGUCCCACAACUCAUUUAUAUUGGAUUUGGGGCCUGCGGGUUCAUGAUCGCCAGCAUUGCCGUUCUAUUCAUUUAUCGGCAUCAAGCAGUGGUCCCGGCUGGAAGUUUGACGAAACUAAAAACUCGCUACGUUGUUAUUAUUGUUAUUAUCAAUUUUCUCAUAUAUGGGAAUAUGACGCUACCAGCAGUAUUUACGGCACCCAUAAACCAGCUGCAAGCGAUAAUUGAUUUUUUGAAGAUCGAACGAUGCCCUCCUAAGGAUAUUCUCGAUCCCGCCGUGUAUCUCCUCCAAUUCGAUUAUAAAACCCUUCUCCCCUAUUUAAUAUUUUUAUUAGUAUUCAUUGGAAGCGAGUGCGGUUUGCUUGCUCUUCACACCUCUUGGUUGCUCUUUUUCUCGACGCUAUUCCAAAAUUUGUCGAAGAAAACCAGACGAAUGCAGAUCAAAUUUCUCGCUUCUCUUGCUGCACAAAUCGCGAUUCCGACGACUCUAUGCUAUGCUCCGAUUGGAUAUUGCUUGGUCACAACGAUGAUCGAUCAUUAUUGGCAACUAGCCAAUGACAUUUGCGUGUUCGUGUUCACCUCGCAUGGCCUCGUAUCUUCCAUAUGUCUCCUAUUAUUUUACGACUGCUAUCGCGAUUUCCUACUCAAUUUAUUAUUCGGCGCGUGCCAAUUGAGAUUCAACAAAAAUUCGACGCAUCCCAGCGAGCCGGGCUCACUCGUGACCGUCUUCUAA